GAAUGACCUAAAAUCCCGUGCGCUAAUCUCAAGUGCAGACGGAGACGUAGCACCAUUCCCCCCUUCAUCAAACCACUAUGUCCACAUACGCCUCUCACUUCGGGAUUAACAACAUUCCAUACGGAAUCGCCACUUCCAAGAUCAGGCUUUCACGUCAAUGCGUAACUCGAGUUGAAGAUGAAGUAAUCUUCCUAGGGGACUUGGCCGACAAAGGAGUCUUUAAGGGUAUAUCCGCGCCUUUAGCGAAAUUUUUUGGUGAAAGGAACCUGAACGCUUUCGCCGCGCUGUCCAAGGAAAUCCAUUCCCAAGUCCGAUCAGUGCUACAGAGAGUAUAUUCUCAGAAAGAGUAUCAAGGGUGUUCCGAACCAAUCAAAAAUGUGACUCUUCAUCUUCCAGUCCAAAUCGGGGAUUUUACAGACUUCUCAGCAUCGAAAGAUCACCUGCUAAAUGCAAGUGAAGCAAUCAUAGGGAACCGGGCACUUCCUCCGGCCUUUUUCAAAUACCCUGCAGUCUACGCUGGACGAAGUUCGAGCGUCCGGGUAUCUGGUACACCAGUUACAAGACCUCAUGGACAGUUCAUCGAAGAUUACACAGUACCUGAGAAACGAAUCAUCUUCGGGGCUUGCAGAGCUCUCGAUUACGAACUGGAAGUCGGUGCUGUCAUCGGCAGGCCAGUUCAGGCUGGGCAGAUGCUCAAAGCAGCAGAUGCUGACCAACAUAUUUUUGGCCUAGUACUAGUCAACGACUGGAGCGCACGGGACAUUCAAGCUCUCGAGAUGCGUCCACUCGGUCCAUUCAACAGUAAGAACUUUGCGACCUCGAUCUCACCCUGGAUCAUCACUUUAGAGGCGCUGGAGAAGUACAAAGUCCCUGCGCCACCGCGGAUGGAGCCAGUGGCCGAGUUCAUGGACGACAAAAACAGCAGCAAUUACGCCAUCAACCUCGAGGUAGAGAUAGUGAGGGAUAAAGCCCGCACUACGACAUGUAAAGUGGGUUUCGAUACGAUGUACUGGACCUUCCGACAUAUGCUCGCGCAUCACACGGUCGGUGGAUGCGAGCUUCGAACUGGAGAUCUCGUUGCUAGCGGCACCGUGUCUGGUCAAGGUGAAGAUGAGCAUGGAUGCCUUUUAGAGCAAACCAAGAACGGGAAGAAACCUAAGACGUUAAGCAAUGGGGGAGAGCUACGAUACUUGCAAGAUGGUGAUAAAGUUCGAUUUACAGGGGUUGUUGGUGCGCCAUCUGACGGUAUCGGCUUUGGUGAAUGCGUUGGAAUUGUUCAGCCCGCGAGGGAGUUGGUUCAAGAAGCUAUUAGGACGCAAUUAAGUAUUAACAUCGAUAUUCCAACAGAUUUCGUUUUCAGUUUUCUGAAGUUAAAUGCGUGUGGCUCGGCUUCCCUUCACAUAUUUUCUAUCUGUAGCCAGCGCGCCUUCACGACUUAG